AUGGGGCCAAGAAUGGAUUUUGCCGCGGCUUUAUCGACAAAAUCGGCAAAAGCGCUUUUUUUGCCGAUCGGCAAUUUGGCAAAAUCUGCAAAAACGGCUUUAUCUUUCGGCAUUAUCCGUCCGGAUUGCCCAGAAGACGUGAUCCGUAUCCGGACACAUCUAUAUGGCCAACUCUCCACCGGCUUAGCGUCAGAGUCGUCUUCUUCCCCGCUCUGGCCCAUGUUCGAGCAAUCGAUAUCACAUCAAAGUGGCGGGCGACUGGCCCGCCAUCUGCUGCGACUCGCGGACAGGGCUGAGCUCGGCGGGAGUGUGGUGAUGGACGUCCUGCUGGACGGGCCUUACGGUAGCGUGUUCGUCGACGUGCUACGAUGGGGCUGCAACGAAGUGCUGGUCCGGUCGUACACGUACAACAAAUUGGUAAUGCCGAUUUUUACGACGAUGAGUAUCCUGGGCAUGAACCCGACGCCGACAAGAGGACGCACGAGAGUCUACCAUGUGCCACCGGCACCUCAAGGCCAUGUUUCCCUCUACGCCAGCUAA